GUUGAAGGAGUUUUCUAUGUGAAUGAUGCUCUGGAGAAAUUAAUGUUUGAGGAAUUAAGGAAUGCUUGUCGAGGUGGUGGUGUUGGUGGCUUCCUGCCAGCCAUGAAACAGAUUGGCAAUGUGGCAGCCCUGCCUGGGAUUGUUCACAGAUCUAUUGGCCUUCCUGAUGUCCAUUCAGGCUAUGGGUUUGCUAUUGGGAAUAUGGCGGCCUUUGACAUGAAUGACCCCGAAGCAGUGGUAUCCCCAGGUGGUGUUGGAUUUGACAUCAACUGUGGUGUCCGCUUGCUGAGAACCAAUUUAGAUGAAAGUGAUGUUCAGCCUGUGAAGGAGCAACUUGCCCAAGCUAUGUUUGACCACAUUCCUGUUGGGGUGGGAUCAAAAGGUGUCAUCCCGAUGAAUGCCAAAGACUUGGAGGAGGCGUUAGAGAUGGGUGUGGACUGGUCCCUAAGAGAAGGCUAUGCCUGGGCUGAAGACAAAGAGCACUGUGAGGAAUAUGGAAGGAUGCUGCAAGCUGACCCCAAUAAGGUUUCUGCAAGGGCCAAAAAAAGAGGUCUUCCUCAGCUGGGAACCCUGGGAGCAGGCAACCACUAUGCAGAAAUUCAGGUUGUGGAUGAGAUUUUCAAUGAGUACGCUGCUAAGAAAAUGGGCAUCGACCAUAAGGGACAGGUGUGUGUGAUGAUUCACAGUGGAAGCAGAGGCUUGGGCCACCAAGUAGCCACAGAUGCACUAGUAGCUAUGGAAAAGGCUAUGAAGAGGGACAAGAUUAUAGUCAAUGACCGUCAGUUGGCCUGUGCUCGAAUCGCUUCCCCAGAGGGUCAGGACUACCUGAAGGGAAUGGCAGCGGCUGGGAACUAUGCCUGGGUCAACCGCUCUUCCAUGACCUUCUUAACCCGUCAGGCUUUUGCGAAGGUCUUCAACACAACCCCUGAUGACUUGGACCUGCAUGUGAUCUAUGAUGUUUCUCACAAUAUUGCCAAAGUAGAACAGCAUGUAGUGGAUGGAAAAGAACGGACACUGUUAGUUCACAGGAAGGGAUCCACCCGUGCUUUCCCUCCUCACCAUCCCCUCAUUGCUGUUGAUUACCAACUCACUGGACAACCAGUACUCAUUGGUGGCACCAUGGGAACCUGUAGUUAUGUUCUUACUGGCACUGAACAGGGCAUGACUGAGACCUUUGGGACAACCUGUCAUGGAGCGGGGCGUGCAUUGUCUCGUGCAAAAUCUCGACGUAAUUUAGAUUUCCAGGAUGUCUUAGACAAAUUGGCAGAUAUGGGAAUUGCAAUCCGUGUUGCCUCACCCAAACUGGUUAUGGAAGAGGCUCCUGAGUCCUAUAAGAACGUGACAGAUGUGGUAAAUACCUGCCAUGAUGCUGGAAUCAGCAAGAAGGCCAUUAAACUGAGACCAAUUGCUGUCAUCAAAGGCUAGAACCUUGACCAGUGGGGCUGCCAGACACCACUCACCCUUGCUGAAGUGGAAGUGGACUGAAAUGCUUUUCAGACAUCAGACUCGAGACCUGACCGCUUCCAAAGUGUGCAACUGUAACUGCCAUGCUGAAAUGGCUGACGGGGAGGCUGCCACUUUCAGGAGGCUGUGUUGUAAAAUAACCUUCCGAGAGGAGUCCCAUUGUCCCCAUUUGGAAAGGGAUGAAUAUGCUUCCUCUUCACUUGUCCCACAGACUUUUACAAAAAUCUGUUAGGGUUAGAGGGAGGGGUCUAGAAACUGCCUUACUCAGUCAUACAGGUCUCUAAUCAUCAGAAUGAACUUCUAUACACCAAGCUGUGUUUACAUCCCAAGAGGUGUCAUGAAGAACAUUCUAUUAAAUAAGGUUGUGGAAUGUUUCCUUUCUUCCCUCGCUUUGUCACUUUGUCCAUCAUGCACCCAUUUGCACACCACCUCUGCACUGAACAAAACACUAAAUAUCCCUCUUACUUGGAGAGCACUCGGGGUCAUAAUCAGGAUAUUAGAUGAAUGGACAGUGGGACACGUUUAGGAUGGAGUGUGUGUGGAGGUAUAGGAAUAGGGGCCAAAAGAGAAAAUGAUUUUUUAUAGGCUUGCUACCCUUCUCAUUCUAAAUACAAAGCAGAAUUUUGACUUACCUGCAUCAUGACAUCUGCUAGUAUCUGUUAUUAAGUAGGCGUGGCCUGGCAAGCUUUUUUUUUUUUUGAGUAAUACCUUGUACAGCAGUAACAGAGAACAUUCAAAUAGACUAAAUAUCUUUAUAUUUUGUGAUUGAAUUAUUUAAAAAGCAGUAAAUGGCCAAAGCUGUGACAUUAACAGUUGCUCUGUGUUGACAGGUUGACUAGUUUUGUGCCACCUAAUCGAAUUUCAUAUUAAGUAUGGUGACACCUCAAAGAUGUUAAAGGCCCUGUAGUUAUAGGUUACUAAGCCUUGGUUGAGUCCAAACAGCCAGUAAGACAGAAAAAUCUAAUAAAGUUACAGUAUGUUGUUUAAAUUUUGUGCUUAAUGUUUUAAAGCUUUGAAGAAUUUGUUAUUUGAUUAACUUUGGAGAGGGUUGCUCUUCUCUGAUUUUCUCCCAGGUUGCAUUUAGAGACUAAUCCUAAAAAUAUUCUUUUUUAAAACAUCUUUCGGCUUAUAAUAAAAACCUCCUUUGGAGUGUCUUCUAUAUCCUGCUGUUUGAAAGGCAGGAGAAAAGUAGACUUCCUCUGAAAAAUGACAUAUGCAAUAGCAAUAACAUUUCUUUACUCUGAGCACUCAGUAACUUAAUUUUUUUGAUGGUGAAGUUUAAAAUUACCAAUAAAUAAGUUAGAAACCUUACUGUGAUACUUAUGGAUUAUUCAUGCCUUCAGACUGGACGGGCCACUGUUGUGCACAGAUGACUUAAGGAUGCAAAUCUACCAGUGAACACCAGAGGGCACUUAAAGAUGAGAAACUGGCUUCUGGCAAGGUGCUUGAUUCUGCAGAGGUGAGGCAACAUUACAGUGUCUGUGUAGCCUAGUUGCACUGUAACUGGGCUUGCCCUAUGUCAUUUGAUGAUGUCAUUUGAAACUAAUUGAAAGCAAGGUCUCCUCCCAAAACCAGCUGAUGUCAGUGCAGGAAAUGCUAUAGGUCAUCUUAAAUACGUAAGUUGAGUUUUAUUAGAUGCUUUGAAAAUUACUCUUUGGUGAGGUGAGGAGAGGAAAUGAAGGGAAGAAUGGUUUACACAAUGGAGUUUUCUUUAAUAAACUUUUCCCGGAUGUUGCAUUCUCAGCAAACUUGGCCUCUGUUCAUGACCACAAAAAGUAAUGGUUAAUAUUUUGAGUUCAAAAAGGAAGAUAUGUUGUUUUUCUUAUUCUAAAGAUGUUAUUUCCCCAUUUAAGGGAAAAGCCACUUAAAAAUAAACCUUCAUAUGAAGCUGG